GGCAGAACAAAGGAUCAUGCGCCUGCUGAGUCUUCAUGUCUCCCUCUUUUCAUCAAUACAGAAGCACGAAGGGAUGAAUAAUGACCCUGUAAAAUUUCCGCGAGCCACUCCUGCGAGGCUAGGAGGGACUCAACAUCAACGGAGAUUGCAGCCCAUGUUGUACCCGAUGUGGGCCUCCCUCAUUCGGACAAGAAGAAGGGAACGACUGUGAAUUUUGGAAAUGCUAGGCGACGAGGUUAACCAGCUGCGACUGAACACCAGGACUGUGCGAUUGCACUGUGCCGAAGCUGAUAGAAGAGAAGCCCUCAGUGAAAAAGAGUGCCCACCAAAUAUUGUUCAGACAAGCAAGUACAACUUGCUAAGUUUUCUUCCCAUCAAUCUCUUCAAGCAGUUUAGCCGCACAGCAAAAGGUUUUUCCCUACUCGUUGCAACCUUGCAGCUGAUCCCGGGGCUGUCCCCAACAAGCUGGGUCACAACGGUUAUGCCUCUUUCAUUUGCUCUCCUUGUGGAUGUUGUUAAGGAAGGUUAUAGUGAUUACAUGCGGCACAAGGCAGAUUAUGAGGUGAACAACAGAACUGUGCAGGUUUUGAAAGACAAGCAAUUUGUGCCGGAAACAUGGGCCAAUGUUAUUGUUGGUGAUAUUGUGAGAGUCCAUGAUGGUGAGGAAUUUCCAGCCGAUUUGGUGUUUCUACUCAGCAGUGAUAGCCAAGGGGUUGCGCUUGUUGAGACGUCGAAACUUGAUGGGGAAAGCAACCUUGAAACAAAGUAUGCCUUUUACAGGUUGCUGAAGAAAGAGGCAAUCUGGCAAUGGGACAAAGACUGUACGUCUGCGCUCAAGAAGCUAAAGCGCGCGUUAAUAGAAUAUCCUGUCCUCAAAGUUGCAGAUCCGUCUUUGCCAUUUGUUGUCACCACGGACGCGAGUCAGUAUGGGAUAGGCGCCGUGUUGCAGCAAGAGGACGGCAAUGGCUAUAGACCCGUAGAGUUCAUGUCAGCGAGGAUGCCCUGUGAGAAGGUCGCUGCCUCCACGUACGAGACAAAACUCUACGCUCUCAGGCAGGCUUUAGACCAUUGGAAGCACUAUCUGCUUGGGAGGCACUUCAAAGUGUAUUCUGACCAUGAGACACUUCGUUGGCUAAAGACCCAGGCCAAGAUGACACCUAAGUUGACUAGGUGGGCCGCAGAGAUAGACCAAUUCGACUUUGAGCUCAAGCCAGUGAAGGGCAAGUACAAUGUAGUGGCGGAUGCUCUAAGUAGGAGAUCAGACUACUUUGGAGCCGUAGUGAGCAAGCUGGAGCGGCGCAUGAACAGGCUUAUCACAGUGAUGAUACUGUGUGUUCUUGCCUUUUCACUUGCCUGUGCAGUCGAGUACAACUCUUGGAUGACGGAUAAUGAUAGGCCGCACAUGAUAGUCAAAGAAGACUGGCCCUAUCUUGGAGCUGGGCACCUUGCCUCAUCAGUCCAAUUUAUCAGGUUUAUUAUCCUGUUUAGUUCCAUGGUACCGGCAUCCUUAUAUGUGAUGCUUGACCUAGCAAAGGUCUUUCAGUCGUUACUAAUCGAGUGGGACAUUCAAAUGUACCAUCAAGGCUCGAACACUUGCGCCAAGACCAAUACGUUUGAUCUCAAUGAGGAGCUAGGACAGGUGGAAAUAAUAUUUUCGGAUAAGACUGGAACCCUCACACAGAAUGUCAUGGCAUUCAUCCAAUGUGACAUUGGCGGGAUAACUUAUGGGAAGAGAGGCCACUCAAAAGCUGCACAUAGCAAGGCCACAGUAUCUUCGGCAAGGUACACUGCCCCGAAAUCACUGAGCAUGGUUCGCCCAGCUGCCAGACGUGCGCGGAUGCGUGCCUCACAGUCAGUAAGUUCGAAGCACAGACCUGCAGAGAAAUCCUCACAACCCUUGUUCGAGGCCAAGCGCAGUGUAAGAGUGCAGGAUAACAAACCGAAGGGGGGUGUUUCGAAAAGUAAGAUUGUCCCAUCUCUUCCCAGUUUUGAAAGUAUGGCGAUGCUUGGGGGCCUUACUAAGAAAAAGCAGACUGCAGUUCAGAAAGGGUUCCUGUCUCGUUUCUCCUUGUACGGCCCACGCUCGGCUUACCAUGCUGCUGGGAAAUCGAUAACGAGGGUGAUAGGCCUCAUUCGAAGGUCUAUACACUCAACGUCGGCGACACCAUUGCAGCCAAGACGCAAACCUGUGAUUCAUACCAUUUCUUUGGACCCAGUGCUGCGCCGGAUGCUCCGUGGAUUGGCAUUGGGCGAUGAGAUACAGGGUGAGCUGUGUAAGCGUUUCUUCAUGCAUUUGGCCACCUGUCACACUGUUAUCCCCACAUACCCUAACGGCAGUGACACUGCCACUGAACCGACGUACCAAUCAGCAUCGCCGGAUGAAGAGGCUCUUGUGGCAGGGGCAGCAGGUUGUGGAUACAAGUUAAUUCAACGCCAUCUUGAUGAAAUCGUAAUUGAUGUUCAAGUUGCAGGUGAAGGGAUAACGUGCCGAGAUGAGGGAGACUUAGCGGAAGUGCUGGUGACUCUAUGCAAUUUCUGACUGAUCAGACCUUCCUUGCUUGUUGAGAGAUGUUGGGUAUAGAUACAACGGGAAGAGUUUGGGUCUGAUAAGUAAGAUUGACUG